AUGGCAGGUUUUGCGCAACCUACCCAAGAGGAUAUAGAUAAUUUCAGCAGUCUUGCGCCUGGACUUCCACGUGGGGAGAUCAUAGCUCGGCUGAAGAAUAACAACAAUAGUGUUGAACAAGCCGCGGGAGAAUACUUUGACGAUCUAGACAAUCCUGCUGGAAACAAGUACAAGUGGGAAGAGGGGCCUUUUAGCAGCGAUCGAGAUGGGGUUCCUGGAAACAACAACGUUUCCUUUGCCAUUCAUUCACCAGAUGUAGAGACACAGGGCGGAGGGGGCAACGGUCCCUACAAUAACCGCAACUUCGAUGGCGCGCCCUCAAGACCACCAUCUCGAAUCAGCAACAAUAAGUCUCCGCACAACGUAAUAGAUUUCUCGCGAGAAGCUGCUGCAGCCGAUCCUAGUACCUCAAAGACCUACUCGGGAGCUGAUGAUGACAUGCAACAAGCUAUAAACAAUUCUCUAUUACCUCCGCAUUUACAACCGAAAUGGAACGGUCAAGAAUCUGGUGUAACAAACACGAAUGAGGUUCACUUUGGGCCAGCAAAUCGGGAUGAGUACAAGGAAAAAGACUGGGGAGUUGUAGCUCUUGGAAAGUCUUCCGUCCAGGAAAUACUCGUGGAUCCAGCACCUGCAGAACGAAAGCGCGAUCUGAUGGUCACUCCAGCAUUCUUGAAACCAAGUAUUGAAGACCAUCGUCUGGGAGCUCUCUUGACAAUUUACCACGAAAUCCCAAAGAUACGAGAAGUUUUCCUAGAUCGAGGAAAUGUGCUACCAAACUAUGGAUUCGAUAAAGAGUGGUGGACGGGCAAGCCCGUUGAGCUUCCGAUUAUUUUUGAAGACGAAGAAACAUCAAAUAUGGAAGUUAAAUGGGAAUUACAACGUUUAAUGGCAUUCUUAAGCAAAACGGACCGUAGCUACGGCUCAGUUGACGCAUUGGCGAAUUUGAAUGAAGUCAAAAAAGGCCGAGUAUGGCGGCAGGAUGCUGAACCUGCGGUUUUAGCAGCUUGGAGUAAUGCGCCUACGAACAACCCGGCUACUGUCAAUAAACUCUUCAGCAAAGGUGUGUCAUGUGAGGCCGACGAAGAACAUACCAAAGAUUUUGCAAUACUUGAAUUAGAGCUUCCAGUUCCGAACUCGAUACAAGAUUCGGUCUAUGAUUUAGCCGACGAAGCUUUGUGGCCAUCUUUGUGCCCGCUGGAUUUUGAUCAAAGUCCAUAUCUUUCCCACAUCGCGGACGUGAUUGCGUUCAAGAUAGAGGGGGAUGAGUCAAAAAGAGCCAUUGACGUACCUCCGAUCUGGUAUCCGGAUCGUUAUUUGAAAUCAUCAAGACAAGCCAGUUUAGAUAUGCGCAUGAAAAAGGAUGGCGUACAGCAAGAUCUUGAUCGAAUUGCGAUACUGGAAAACCGUCUUACCACUUUUCAGAUGCGUAAUGGAAAGUUUAUCAAAGUAAAGGAUCUUUUUGCGGCAUCUUUGCAGCAUGAUGAAGCUCGAAUUGAAGAGGACAAUCGGAAUGGUGAUGAUGCGAUGGGGGAUACAUUAUCUGCUCGCUCAUCGAGUAAAGCUCAGAACUUGUCUGCUGAAUUACGGAAGCUUGCUGCGAAUAUUGACAAGAAACUCAUAGCAUUGAAUCAGGAAAGAGAGAGGGCAAGGGAAGCGUUGAAGAAUCUGUCAAAGCUCUACACACAACCAUCUGAGGACCCCGAAACUCCCAAAUUACAUCCUUAUACGCUCCGAGGUGUCAGCACUACCAAAAAUACUUUCUACGUAUGCAGGGUCGCAGAACCAGAUCUGAUCAACAUGGACUUGGAUGCUAGUGAACAAUCUAAUGCUGGUCAAUGGUGGCGGAUACAUUAUGCCACGUCUGGCCCGAAUCAAGUUUCGGUAGAGAAAACGACAUUGGAAAAAGUGCUAGAAGCGGCAAAGACAGAGAGUAAAAAUAUCACUCUCGUGUACGCAAGCGAGAAGGCAAUGGAAUUUAAGCUUGAAACCCAAGCGCUACCUGGUCCACUAGAGACAUUCGUCCGUGCAGAUAAUAGAGCCUUCAAGCAAGAGCUUCUGGAGAGCGAUUUUGAUGAUGGCUCCACCCAGGCCUCACUCUCAUCUCCGGGCAAAAGAAAGUUUGAUCAGCAAAGAGAAACUGACAGUUCACAAGACACUAGCUACGAAGAAAGAUGGGGCGGACCAAAUCCUAGUGAUGAGGAAAGUAAUACAAGCAUGUUUGAGAGGGAUAUGGGAGAGAAUGGUGCGCUGUCUUUUGAUGGCGCUGGUCCGGCAUCACAAACUCUUACGAGUAUGGGAAAUGGUACACAGGGCUCGGUUAAUCGUCGAGAUGAUGGUAUAAUUCUGGGAGUAGAUCCUUCCAUGAUUCAAAAGAACCCAGAGUCGGGUGCUCAAGAAAUGGAGGAGCUUGGGGGUAUGCGCCUUGGUAUGAUGGGACCUAGUAAUGGCGUGAAGUCGAACACGAUUGAUAGUAUGGAUCUUGAUGAGGUGUUGGAGGAUCAACGCGUUGCUGAGCCUAGUGGUGCUGUUAAGAAGGUGGGAUUUGCUGAGUAG